AUGAAGAAAAUGAUUACAUGCUUCCUACUGCUGUUUGGACAAACUCUACUUUUCAGUGCCUCCGCCAGGGAGAGACAUCUUCCACCAGCAUUUUCAAGCCAAAGAAAUGGUGCUAACCCAGAAGAUACUUUACUUGAGAAUGCUUGCAACCGCAAACGUCUUGAUCUCGUCUUCAUCAUCGACAGCUCUCGCAGUGUACGUCCUUACGACUUUGAAAAAGUGAAGGAAUUCAUUUUAACCAUCUUGCAGUUCCUAGACAUCAGUCCUGACGUCACCCGAGUAGGCCUCAUUCAGUAUGGCAGCACAGUCAAACAUGAGUUUUCAUUGAAGACGUUCAGGAGGAAACAUGAUGUGGAACGAGCAGUGAAAAGAAUGAUGCACCUGGCCACUGGCACCAUGACUGGGCUGGCUAUUCAGUAUGCACUGAACAUUGCAUUUUCAGAAUCGGAAGGGGCACGGCCACUGAGCCAGAAUGUGCCCAGAAUUAUCAUGAUAGUGACAGAUGGGAGACCACAGGAUCCCGUGGCAGAGGUUGCAGCUAAAGCCCGGAACUCAGGCAUCCUGAUUUUUGCCAUUGGUGUGGGGAGAGUGGAUAUGAACACCUUGAAGUCCAUUGGAAGUGAACCUCAUGAAGAGCAUGUCUUUUUGGUGGCUAAUUUCAGUCAGAUUGAAACGCUAACCUCUGCAUUCCAGACUAAACUUUGCGUGCCCCAUGUGUGCAGUAUAACUGAGCAUGGUUGUGAUCACUUCUGUAUUAACACUCCUGGCUCCUACAUGUGCAAAUGUAAACAGGGAUACAUUCUGAACGCUGACCAGAAGACUUGCAGCACCCAGGACCUAUGUGCUGUGGAGAAACAUGCCUGUGAACAGAUCUGUGUGAACACACCUGGGUCCUAUGUCUGUCAGUGUUAUGAUGGCUAUGGGCUCGAUGAAGAUGGAAAGAAGUGUAUCGUUGUAGACCUUUGUGCUUUGGAUAACCAAGGUUGUCAACAUGAGUGUGUAAGUAUGGAUGACUCCUACUACUGUAGAUGCCAUCAAGGAUUUAUUCUAAAUCCAGACAGAAGAACUUGCAGAAGACCAGAUUACUGUGCUUUGCAGACCCAUGGCUGUCAACAGGAAUGUGUUAAUACAAAUGAUUCCUAUUUUUGUCAAUGCCGACACGGGUUUACUCUUAAUCCAGAUAAGAGAACUUGCAAAAGAAUAAACUUCUGUGCUUUGGGUAAACAUGGCUGUGAACAGGAAUGUGUUAACACAGAAGACUCUUUUGUGUGCAGAUGUCAUAGUGGAUACACCCUAAACCGUGAUGGCAAAACGUGCAGAAGAGUGGAUCACUGUGCUGAGAACAACCAUGGCUGUGAGCAGCUGUGCCUGAACACAGGCGACUCAUAUGUCUGUCAGUGUUCUGAAGGAUUCAUCAUUAAUGAAGACCUAAAAACCUGCACACGAGUGGACUAUUGUGCACUGAGUGACCCUGGUUGUGAACAUUUGUGUGUAAACAGUGAAAAAUCUUAUACUUGUCAGUGCUUUGAAGGAUAUGAGCUUCGUGAUGAUGGGAAAACUUGUAAACAUAAAGACCUCUGCAAAUCAGUUGACCAUGGUUGUGAACAUGUUUGUGUUAAUAGUGACAAUUCAUACAUCUGCAAGUGCCGUAAGGGAUUUGCACUGCGGGAAGAUGGGAAAACGUGCAGAAAUAAAGACCUCUGCAAAUCAGUUGACCAUGGUUGUGAACAUGUUUGUGUUAAUAUGGACAACUCCUACAUCUGCAAGUGCCGUAAGGGAUUUGUACUGCGGGAGGAUGGGAAAACGUGCAGAAAUAAGGAUGUCUGCAAAUCAUUUGACCAUGGUUGUGAACAUAUUUGUGUUAAUAAUGACAAUUCCUACAUCUGUAAGUGCCAGGAGGGAUUUGUACUGAGAGAGGAUGGGAAAACGUGCAGAAAUAAGAACGUCUGCAAAUCAGUCAACCAUGGUUGUGAACAUGUUUGUGUAAAUAAUGAUAAUUCAUACACCUGUCAGUGCCAUGAGGGAUUUGUGCUAAGAGAGGAUGGGAAAACAUGCAGAAAUAAAGACCUCUGUAAGUCCAUUGACCAUGGCUGUGAACAGGUUUGUGUUAAUGAUGACAUUUCAUACACCUGCCAGUGCCAUGAGGGGUUCAUACUAAGAAAGGAUGGGAAAACAUGCAGAAGUAAGGAUGCCUGCAAAUCAGUUGACCCUGGCUGUGAACAUAUUUGCGUUAAUACUGACAGUUCAUACAUCUGCAAGUGCCAUGAGGGAUUUGUACUGAGAGAGGAUGGGAAAACAUGUAGAAAUAAAGAUCUCUGCAAAACGGUUGAUCAUGGCUGUGAACAUAUUUGCAUUAAUAAUGACCAUUCCUACGUCUGCAAGUGCCAUGAGGGAUUUGUACUACAAGAAGAUGGGAAAAUGUGCAGAAGAUGCACUGAAGGCCCAAUUGAUCUGGUGUUCGUGAUUGAUGGAUCAAAAAGUCUCGGAGAGGAUAAUUUUGAAGUUGUAAAGGAAUUUGUCUCUGGAAUCUUGGAUUCUCUUGAGAUUUCUCCCAAAGCUGCUCGAGUUGGUUUGCUGCAGUAUUCCUCUCAAGUUCGCACAGAGUUCACAUUAAGACAAUUCAGCACAGCCAAAGACAUGAAAAAAGCAGUAUCCCAAAUGAAAUACAUGGGGAAAGGCUCUAUGACUGGACUUGCCUUGAAACAAAUGUUUGAGAGAAGCUUUACUGAAGCAGAAGGGGCAAGGCCAUUUUCAGCAGAAGUACCCAGGGUGUCUAUAGUGUUUACAGAUGGACGAGCCCAAGAUGAAGUCUCUGAGUGGGCCAGCAAAGCAAAGCAGAAUGGUAUAACUAUCUAUGCUGUUGGAAUAGGAAAAGCAAUUGAGGAAGAAUUACUGGAAAUUGCUUCUGAGCCACCAGACAAACAUCUCUUCUAUGCUGAAGACUUCAGUACCAUGGGGGAGAUAAGUGAAAAACUAAAAAAACGAAUCUGUGAAGCUUUGGAAGAGUCAGAUCCCCAUCAGGAUCCACUGACAGGGAGACCUCACAAGACUGGUUCUCAUUCUUCAGGAUCUGAACCAGCCAGCAUAGCCGUCACAGACCUCCUUGCCUGUUCCAAUUUUGCAGUACAUCACAAGUAUCUUCUUGAAGAGGAGAGUGUUUCACAGUCAACAGCAAGAUCAGCAAACCCUUCAAAAGAUAAGGAGCAGUGCAACUGUGAAAAUCUCAUGACAUUCCAGAACCAUGCCAACGCUGAAGUAAAAAAACUAACUCAGCGAUUGGAAGAAAUAACUAAGAGAAUGGAAGCCCUGGAAAACAGACUAAGAUACUGA